GGAAGUAAUUCUUCUUCGUUUUUUUUUUCGAACAGCUGAACGUGUUUGUCGCGUCCGUGUACCUAAAAGUUCCUAAAUGUGCGUCGUCUUGUCUGUAUUUUGGUUGGUUGGUUGAACAGUGCGAUGGCCGGUCCAGAGCUUCUGCUGGACUCCAGUAUUCGGCUGUGGGUGGUUCUGCCCAUCGUCUUCAUCACUUUCUUUGUUGGGAUCAUUCGUCACUAUGUUACUCAGCUGCUUCACAGUGACAAGAAGGUCGACUUGGAGCAAGUUUCUGACAGCCAGGUGCUGCUGCGCAGCCGCGUCCUCAGAGAGAAUGGAAAGUACAUUCCCCGACAGUCUUUCGCCAUGAGGAAACAUUACUUCAACAACGCAGAGACCGGUUUCUUCAAGAAGGUGAAGAGGAAGGUUGUUCCUAAGAACCCCAUGACAGACAGCAGCAUGUUGACAGACAUGAUGAAGGGGAACCUGACUAAUGUCCUGCCCAUGAUUCUGAUCGGUGGAUGGAUCAACUGGGCGUUCUCUGGAUUUGUCAUCACUAAGGUGCCGUUCCCUCUGACUCUGAGGUUCAAGCCGAUGUUACAGAGAGGAGUAGACCUGCUGUCCCUGGAUGCUUCCUGGGUGAGUUCAGCUUCCUGGUACUUCCUGAAUGUGUUUGGACUGAGAAGCAUGUACAGCCUCAUACUGGGCCAGGACAACGCUGCUGACCAGUCACGGAUCAUGCAGGACCAGAUGACAGGUGCUGCCAUGGCGAUGCCCCCCGACCCCAACAAGGCUUUUAAGAGUGAAUGGGAGGCGCUGGAGAUCGUGGAACACAAGUGGGCGCUGGAGAACGUGGAGGAGGAGCUCAUGUCCAGAGACCUCAACUUUGGAACCUUCUUCAGUAGAGACAUGAAGCCCGCCAUGUUUUAGAGCAACGAGGCUCUGUGAGCUCUGGAGCAGCUGUGAAAGAUUCUAGAACUCUCCUCAUAAUGGAACGUGCUCUGAAGAACACGGAGCACAGUUUGCACAAAUACUAGAAUGAAAUCUACUGAGCUGUGUCUGAAAUCACUACCUCAGGCACUUCAUUCACUUUCUGCUUUUUUAUGAGCCUCCAAAAUCAAAGUGUGUAAAAGUUAUGCGAGAUGUAAACUUUAAGACACAAAAAAACAAUAUUGCUCACUUGUGAUUAUUAAUAAUUAUUUAUGACACAGAUGAUGCUUUUAUUAAACAUUAUGACAGAAAACCUCCAACAA